GAGGUCACAUCGGUACUUCCUUUGUGGUGAGACGAUGAGCAGUCGAGAGUUUAACUUUAAUCGAGAGAGUGGGUAGAUAGCAAAGUGAACAAUGCAGUGAUCCAUGAUUAGUGAACAAGGCAGACGAUAUUGAAUUAAGAUAUGGAGAAAAUAACAAAUUUAAUAACGGUACUGAAAAGUCCCGAGCUUGUGGCUGAUUUUCAAAAACGAUGUGGUGUGGAUUUUUCUGAUCCUGAAACUGAAAACAAAAAAACAGAAAAGAGCUUUAAAAAUGAUACCAGUCACACUGAGUCAAACACUGUUCGAAUGAGGAAUGGAUUUUCAAAACUUGCUGAAAAUACUGAUGUUGCUGAUAUUCUGAAAUCGAAUGGUCAUGUAAAAAAUGGAUACUCAGUCAAUGGAAUCGGUCACAUUUCAGAGAAAAAUGGCCUGAUCACUCACCAAAAAUGUGAUACAGAAAAGCAGAUAUCAGAGGAGGAGGAUUUAGGAAAAUCUUCUUACAAAGUUAAAAACAAACUUCUCUUUAUUCUCUUUCAUUUCGGUGCCAGUCUUGGAAAUGAGAUUUUCUAUCUCAUCUUUUUUCCAUUUGUUCAUUGGAAUUUGGAUGGAACUUUGAUGCGACAAAUGGCCUUUGUGUGGCAUGUUGCAAUGUGGGCAGGCCAAGCUUUGAAGGACAUUAUCUGCUGGCCUCGCCCUGCGUCACCGCCUGUAAUUAAGUUAGAGAGUAGAUAUAGCUUAGAAUAUGGAAUGCCAUCGACACAUGCCACUGUGGGUACCGUGAUUCCCUUCAGCUUACUUAUUUUACUCCGAUCAUAUUAUGAGGUACCUCUAGGAUUGGGGGUUUUGUGUGCCACAGUGUGGAUGCUUCUAGUCUGCUGCAGUAGAAUUUACUUAGGAAUGCACACAGUGUUGGAUGUGGUAGCAGGUGUUGCAUUUGGCUGCCUAAUCAUUCCCUCAGUUUUACCUUGGGUUCAUACCCUGGACCUUCUACAAGUGACUCAUCCGCUUGCCCCGACCAUGUUUUUAGGGGGUUACUUGUUGUUCUGUUGGGUGUAUCCCAAACAGAAGAUCUGGAAUACUGCUCGAGCCGACACCGCCAAUGUCCACGGCAUCUGUGGAGGAGUGGCAUCUGGAUACUGGUUAUUAUAUCAAUUCGGAUGGCUCACGAAAUCCGAGCGGGGCCCACCAUUUCCUUUACCAGCACCAACCUGGGAUUGGGUCUAUCUCAGUUUUCUUAGAACGCUUCUGGGUGUCUCAAUUUUAGCUGUCAUUAGAGCUAUUUUUAAACCACUGUCAAUUCAUUUUCUGUGUAAACUGUACAAAAUCGACAAGAAAGAUAUACAGGCACAGAGACGAGAAGGCUCGGAGGUGCCACAAAAGUUCAUCACGUAUUACAUGGUGUCUAUAGGUGCCAGUUUUCUAGUUCCUCUGCUCUGUUCUUAUUUAGGCAUAAUGAGAGAGAGUUUUUACCAUGAACUCUAUUGAUAGUUAGGGAAACAAGAACUUCUGUGUGUGUAUUGAUUAAGUUUGCUUUGUUGAUUUUAUUUAUUAAUUAGUAAUUACUGUAGUUUAUUUAGAUAGUUUCUUUACAUGCAUCCUUGUGAAAACAGAUCUAUAUGAAAGAUCUCCGAAAUGUCAGUUUUAAUCUUUUGAUCUAUACUUAGAGUA